AUGUUGGCCGCUCAAGUGCUAUCGGGUCAGAUCGACUGUAGUGCUAUUGAGAGGAAGUUCAAGGAGGCCCACGCAGAGGAAGUCCGCGGAAAUUCCCAUUAUGUUAAGACUGAGGGGCACACGCUGAGCGAAAAGUACCGGGUCUUCCUCACUGACCCUGCAAAGGGUGUGGUGUCUCCAUGGCACGAUGUACCAUUGUGGUCUCGGGCGGAGGAAGGCGGUUUGUACUGCAACUAUGUCGCGGAAAUACAACGUGGAAUGCGGGCUAAGUUUGAGGUAGCCACUAAAGAGGCCCAUAACCCUAUAAGGCAGGAUAGGAGGAGUGAUGGCAGGUUGCGGUAUUACGGCAAGGAACCGAGCUUUAACUACGGGGCGCUACCACAGACCUGGGAGGAUCCCUCUGUACAAGAUGAGGAGACGAAGCUGUAUGGGGAUAGAGAUCCUCUGGACCUUGUCGAACUUGGGGACAGGCCUAUCCCAACAGGUACUGUUACUGAAGUCAAGGUGCUGGGUUGCUUCUGUCUACUUGACCAAGGCGAGGUGGAUUGGAAGGUCUUGGCGAUCAACACCGAUGAUGCGAUGAGUGAACGGAUCAAUUCACUCGACGAUUUGGCUCGAUACAUGCCAGGACGAGUGGAAGAGAUUAUGCACUGGUUUCGGACCUAUAAGAUGCUGGAGGGUAAGCCUGAAAACGAAAUAGGAUAUGGCGGGCGCCUGUUACCGUUAGAAAAAGCGGAAAAGGUUAUUACUAGUGCACAUAAACAGUGGGAGAAGCUCAUUCUGGAAGUCGGCGCGAAGGAGUAUUGGGUGCCGCGUACAGAGAAGUGA